CCGGAGAGCGGGCCUCGCAUCCUAACUGUGGCCUCGGGAGCCGUAGCCAUGCUAACCGCAGGCCCGCGGGCGCGUCCGGAACUGGCGCUACUGCUGCUGCUGGCCGGCGCGGGGGUGUCUGCGGCCACCGACCCCCCGGCCCCGCCACUCUUCAACGUGAGCUUGGACGAGGCCCCGAAGCUGCGCUGGCUGCCGGUGCUGCGGCAGUACGACCCGGACUUCUUGCGCGGGGCGAUGGAGAGCAUUAUGGGGGAUAGGGUCCCCAAGUGGGUCCACGCGGUGAUCCGAAAGACGACGGAGAAGGAGCUGGAGCACUUCGUGCCGCAGCCCUUCUUGGAUGAGAUCCAGGGCAUGUGCAACUUCCUGAGCCUCAGCCUGGGCGACUGCCUCCUGGUGAACCUGGCCUACGAGUACACCGCGUUCUGCACUAGUAUUGUGGCUCAGGACUCCAAUGGUCACAUUUACCACGGCAGAAAUCUGGAUUAUCCUUUUGGGACUCUCUUACGCAAGAUGACUAUGGAUGUGCAGUUCCUAAAGAAUGGGCAGGUUGCAUUCACAGGAACCACUUUUAUUGGCUAUGUAGGAUUAUGGACUGGUCAGAGUCCACACAAAUUUACAAUUUCUGGUGACCAACGAGAUAAAGGCUGGUGGUGGGAGAAUAUGGUUGCUGCCCUUUUUCAGAAAAACUCACCAGUCAGCUGGCUUAUUCGCACUACCCUGAGUGAAUCAGAAGACUUUGAAGCAGCUGUCAACAAAUUGGCCAACACUCCCCUUAUUGCUGAUGUCUACUACAUUGUUGGGGGCGUAUCCCCUAAGGAGGGAGUGGUCAUCACAAGGAACAGGGGUGGCCCAGCAGACAUUUGGCCCCUAGAUCCUUUAAGUGGAGCGUGGUUCCGAGUUGAGACAAAUUAUGACCACUGGGAGCCACCACCUAAGAGAGAUGAUCGAAGAACACCUGCUAUCAAAGCCCUUAAUGCCACGGGGCAGGCAAACCUCAGCCUGGAGGCCCUUUUCCAGGUUUUGUCAGUGGUUCCAGUUUAUAACAAAGACACAAUUUAUACAACAGUGAUGAGCGCUGCCAACCCGGACAAAUAUAUGACUAGGAUCAGACACCUGGGUAAAAGGUGAGAAGAAGAUUGAAUUCACCCGUGCUAGGAAAGGUGAUUUUUUUUUUUUAAUGAAGUUCUUGAAGUGCUGCCCUUAAAAGACAAAAUAUGGUGAAAGGAUUGUGUUUAAUGAACAAUACAGGCACAUUCCCCAUUAAAUGUUUUGGCCUUGUGAAUUAGGGCUGGGAAAUCGUUUUUGUAAAGUGAGUAAUAGAGCUGUAUACUCAUUUCCUCUGUGGUUUGCGUCUCCCUCUCUGAGCUGCUAUCCUGGCUUGAACAACUCAAGAUAAUUGAUCUCAGAGGUCAAGCCAGAUCCUUGGGCUUAGUUUCCAGCUUCUCAUGAUAAUAUAGAGCGAUGUUGUCAUACCUCAACCUCAGAAAUGAGCAGGCAAGACCUCUUUGUUCAUUAUAAAGAGCUUCUGAAAGUCAGGAGUCAAGUAAAAUGAUUGUUCUAAAAGAAACGGAGAACUCUCCUGUGAAUAGAGCUGUUGGAAUGUUUGUUAAUCUGACCUUUGAUCACAAAGUUCCAUGUGAAUGGUUUCUUACUUUUUAUUAUUUUUCUGAUGCCUUGUAAAGAAAAUGGAUGGACCUUUUUCUAAAUAGCUACUUUCUUACUGAUUUUGAAAGCAAUAUGGAACCAACUUAUUUCUAGUUGUCACUUAUCAGCUAACAACAUGUUGAAAGAUGUUGGCAAGGAGAAUAAACAAAUUUUCCAAGCUAUUUAGUGUUAUGUUUUCCCUACAUUCUUACCCUUGAAGUUGUGUGGUUCUGAAGAGCAGUCUUGAAGAAGCAGUUCUCUUAGCAGUUAUGUCAGGAUUCAAAGAAGUGCAUAACUACUUUGCAGCACUUGAUUUUUUUUCAUGUUUCAUAUGAAAGAAACUCUUUGAGAAUGAGGUAAGAAAAGGUUCAAAGCGUGAACAAAGGAGUUGAUUGGAUGUUCUUGGUGAGUGUACAGAAGAAAAAUGGAAUAUCUAGAGGGAAAUGUUAGCCAGGUAC